UUUUUUCUUACAUCAGGGUUCAAAAAUGGGUUCCUAUGAAAAACCUUCCAUUUCUUUUGUUAUGCUGCUGGAUUUUUCUGUGCAAAGAACAUAUCACGACAUAAUGAUACUUUCGGAAAUAUUGCCUCGAAAAAUAGAUUUUGAAAGAAAAAAGGAGAUAAUCAUGUUUUCUGAUAAAACCAGAAAGCACCUCAUUAGAUUAUUAGGAAUUAUCAGAUGGAUUAAACACCAAAUAAAUUUUGAUAAAUGUGAUAAAAUAAUUUCAUUCCUUGAUAACCAAAACUCUAUAUUUAUUGAUACAGCAGAUUUUUUGGCCAAUUUAUCAAGAAACACUUUAACACAAGCCAGAUUGCCAAAGUAUCUGAUGCGAGAAGCUACUAAUGUUAUUGUGAAUGGUACUUAUCCAUUUCUGCCAUUAUGUAUUAAAAAAAGGGUAUUAAACAAAACACACUUAUCUCAAACUGAAAAACAGUUAUUGUUCAACCGCUUACAUAUUUCAAUUCAUUGCAGAUUGCUACUCGAGGGUUUGCCACCUUUGAUGAAAAUAAAAUACAUUGCUAGCGGAAAAGUAUGUUUAUAUGUAGAACACGAAUUCAAUAUUAUACUGACUCUUAAUCUAAAUUCGGAAGACCCAUUAGUUUAUGAAAAUCUUAUAAAUACUAAUUACAUAAUUAUUCAAGACUUAUGCGCCAAUUGGCGCCUGCUUCGGUUAGAUAUUUUAAUAAUGCAAAACAAGGGAAGCGAUUUUCAUAUCAAAGAUAAACAAUCUAUUAAAUCUGCAGACAUAAUUACAAACGACGCUAUUAUAAAUGAUGCUCAAAUUAAAUUUUUACAAAAUUAUUUGCAAAUAAAGUUAAUUACAAAAUCGACCAAGGAAAAAUUAUCACCUUUAUGGCAAUUAUAUGAUUUUUUACAUUCCUUUUGCCAAGGAUUAAUACUAGAAUCUAUAUAUUCACAACUUACAAAAUUAUUCUUCCAAAAAUUUGACGGAAUAAACUUAAAAAUCUUGAAGUAUAAACCAAAUUGUGAGUUAUGUUUUUCAUAUUGGAAUCACGAUGUCAAUACUAUUUUCGGUCAAGAAUUACACAGUGCUAGAAAAUACGGCCAAAUUUCCAAAGAAACUACGAAAUCAUUGAGUCAAUAUUCAGAGAGAUUUAUGAAGUUUUAUAAGAUAAAGAUUUCUAAGAGUCAAACCGACCUAUAUGAAACUUUUAACUUCAUCGAAAAAAACUCAUUAAAAAUAUCGCAUUAUCCUGAAGCUCUGAUUAAUUUAGUCGCAAAAAGUUUAGAAGAAAGGAUCAAAGCUGGAAAAAGAAAUAUUAAUUUUAAUAACCCAGAGAACCAUAGUUUAAACUUUUACAAAUGGUUGACAAAACAUGGAUUUAUUUUCGACAAUUUAGACGAGAAAGGAAAUGAUUAUUCUAAAUGUAGAUUAUUAUCUUCUCUCGAACUACCUCGUUGCUUCUUAAGGGAAAAGUAUAAAAAAUGUGACGAAUAUAGUGCUCGUGAAUUAGAACCUGGCUACGAUAUAGAACUCCUAAUUGAAAGAAUUAUAAAAAUCCGUGUCCUACACAAAUUGAUAAUUCUACAAGGAAUAUUAAAUAUCAUACUACGUUUCAAUGACGAUAAAAGUCAUAUAAAAAUUAUGAAUAUCCGCGAUUUUGAUGAGAAUAAUUUUAAUAAACAAUACCCAUAUUUGCAGGUAUCAUUGGAUUAUGCCCACGACGCAAGCGAAAAAAUUAUAUUUUUUAAUAAUAAAUCCAACGGAAUGUUCAAAAUAAACGUUUCAAAAUAUCCUGAUGUUAACGGGCAUUUAUUUCCACUUUUAGAAAAAUAUUUUAAUAUAGCUUUCGAGAAAUAUAUUCAUGAUUAUUUGUUUGAUUAUCAGAACACUACGUUAGAUGAAUUAAAAUCCGAAGAGCUGACAAACAUUGGACCAUCGCAAAACAAAGAUGGAACUUAUUCCCAUUUUUUAGAGUUAAUACGCAUUACUAGGUUGAUUUAUUCGACUUUAAAAAUAUAUAUUCUAUCGUCUAAAUUAAUUAAAUCUGUGUACCAUCUAUCGAGCUACAUAAAUAUUCGUUUCAACCAUUUCAAUCAUAAUAACAACCCUAUAACUGUAGCCUACUCACAUUUCAUCAAUAACAUAAUUAAACAUAACAGAAUCCCUUUAUCUAAAAUGGAAACUAAUACCAAUGUUCAAAAAGAUAAUGGUGACAUUAUAUUAUUAAUAAUUAGUUUAUCGAAAUUUAAAGCAUAUCACAUAGUAGUUACAUAUAAUGUAAAUUCACAAUAUAACAAUAUAUUUUUUUGCCUUGCCUGUGCAAAAUUAACAGUCAAUAAUCGCCCAAACAUGGACAAAGAAAAUAUACUAUUACCGAUCAAUACUACCAUCUUUUCCGAUAAUCAAACAAAAAAUUGCUCGUUGAUAGAUUCUUUUUCACAGCGAAUUGACUAUCUAAAAAAAGAAAACCCUUGCCUAAUUUUUAAUCGCCUCAUCACGAAAUUUGAAUCAUUGUUACCUAUCUCAGAAAUCGCUUGCGCUUUACUCAAUACCCAGCCGAAAAUAUCGCAAAAAUACUCUAGGGAUGACCAUAAGUCGGUUUACAUAAAGCAAUCGGAAAUUGUGAAAAUAGGAAAUUUUGACCGCAAAGACGCCCAAGAUUUAUCCUUCGAAUAUGGAUUGUUAUUGCACUUUGAAGUUUUGAGCUAUUUAAAGAAGACAUAUCAAAAACCAUUUAUGUUACGAGACACAAACAACGAUAUCUGUUUUUACUCAUCUUUCAUGACUAAUAAAGCACUUUUUACUCUACAAGGCAAAACAUCGAGAUAUUGGUUUGUAACCUUAUACUUGGACAACGAAAAUGGCAUAUAUAAUGAGACACGUGAUUCUGAUCAUGUUAGAAAAAAGGUGUAUUUGCAAUAUUUUUCUCUCCCAUUUACAAAAUAUCAAGAAGUCGCAGAUUUCUUUUUUCGGGAUAUCAGAUGCAUUAUGAAUUUAGGAUCGUCAGGUCAACUUUUUAUAUCUCGUAAAUUGGAGCCAAAUAAUAUAAGUUUAUCUAUUUUCAAAAAAUUAUUAACUUAUGUAGCGAUCCCAUUGUAUAAUCUAGUGCAAUAUAAUUAUAAAAAGAUAACUUUGGCUUAUGGGCCUAACAAAGAUUAUUACGUUAAGAUUCAAUUUCAAGAGACCACCGAUCAUUCAUUAAAACUAACUUUUACUCGUUCUACCUACUUCAAUAUUGAUACAAAUAUUCAACCUAAAAUCAACAAUAUAAAUCCACAUAAUUUUAUAAAAGAUUUUUUGGAAUACGAAUUCAAUAGAUCUAAGAGUAGUCAAACGCACGAAACAAUUUUUUGGCUUCUUAAUUUACUAAAUAUGACUUUGGAACCACUCAAUCUUCUAGUCAAUUUAGACGAAUUGCCAAUCUUAGGAUCUUUUAAUAAAUCUUCUGAAAAAACUUAUGUUGCCUCUCAUUUUUCUCAUUUGAUUACUUAUAUCACAUCCUCAUCCAUAUUUAGAUACAAAAUUAUAUAUAGAAAAAUAUUUUGCAUCCGAUUUUUUAUUUCCAUUACGAAUCCCCGCAUAACCGUUGUUCAAGAUAUUUCUAAACUUGGCUCAAAUUCUAGCGAGAUCAGUUAUUUCCCUUUGAUUUAUUUUAAGGAAUUUUUAUACAGUCAUAUGGCAAGAUUAAACCUCAAACCGGAUGAUGAAUCAGUAAUGUACGCCAAUAAAAGAGACAAAGAAAGAUAUAUUAAGGAUAAUAUGGAUAAUACAUUUAUUAACUCGAACGAUGAUAAAACUAUAUCAUCUCGUACACACGAAACAAGUAAUGAAUUUGACGAGGAACAUUCUUUUGAAACACAUAUGUCAAUAAGUACAUACGACUAUAUAUUCAAGGAUGCAUAUUGGCUUAAUGAGGAAGUUUUGCUAAGUGUUUUAAGGAAGACCGGAAAACCGCCACAAAAUAGUUCUAUGGAAAAAUAUUUGGAAUGUGUCUUUAUUUUCAAAUGUUUAAUCGAAGUUUUGCAAAAUGACGAAAAUAUCAACUUGAUUUAUCCGGCCUCAUAUAUAAAAUUUGUUAGGGAGUAUGACUUGCAUAAAGACUGGUUGAAAUUUCAGGGGAAAAACAAUGGUUUACAAUGUCAAAUAUGUAUUGAUGCUCACAGUGAUUAUCAAAAAUUAAAAAUCAGUUUCAUUAACAUAAGCUCUCUAAUGUCUUCCAUCAUCGAUGCUGAUUAUCAAAUAUUGGAAAAAUUUCUUCAUGUUAAAAUUUUUGAUCGUGAUUUUAGGUACAAUAGUCUGGUAUCAUAUUGCCGUAUAUUAGGAGCACCUAUUAAUGUUUUGAAAGAUUGCAUCGAUAUAAUGCGUUUAGAAUUUUUAAUAGGAACUAAUAACUCCUUUAAAUGGAAUUUAGAAUGGUGUUUAACGAUUCCUCCCAUAGGCCCUAUCUUGGCUCCAAUCGGUUCGCCUGCCGUGAUCAUCAAAAAUAAAAUGCUAUUCCUUUUAGAACUCAAAAAGAGCCAAUAUACGUCUAACAAUGUUUCGUCAAAUAUCCAACCACAUUCCUUGGUCGUUCCCAUCGUAUAUGAUAUAAAUAACAAUAUUACUCAACUGGCGGAUCCCACGAAAUCCUCUAGUGCGCUACCUAAUUCACCCGUGAUUUCUGCUAUUAACAUAGUUUUAAAACGUUUUGCCGAAUAUCAUUACCAAAAUUUUCCAAAUAGAUGUAGUCUCUAUCCUUCCGUCAAAGAAUUAAUCACCAAUCUUACUAUAUCGACAUAGAAUAUGACUGUCUCGGAAUAUUAUUUAUUAUUCUUGUUGUAUUGUGUUAAAAAUAAUAAAGUAAUA